GAAGAAUCAAAACAUUAGGUUAAAUAAAUACCACGAAUAGACUUCCUUAACUAUUCAAAUUCCCAAUUAUAAAUACCCCACCUAACCCAGCAAUAUAAAACUACCAUAUAAUCAUAAUUUUUCAUUAUUUUAGGUCAAAUUUACCUUAAGGUCAUCAGUUUUUAGAAAAUUAUAUUGUGAUGUUCGUGGAUAAAAUAAUCAACAUUGGUCAUCUUACAGUAAUCAUGUCGACUGUAAAACUAUUGUAAAUAUUUCUUAUAUUUCCUUAAUUGAGUCAAGAUCACGAUAUAUUCAGUAACGUGAGGAGAAUCAGGGACCAGAAUAAGGACCGGGAAGUGAUAAGUUGGUGAUAAUAAGACGAAAUAAGGAAGAUGAACAUGGCCACCGGAUUACGUAUUUGUAUCAGCCCGCAACUACAUUCUCGUCUUAUAUCAAUUAACAGGGCCACACCAAACGCACGUCACUACACGCUCAACUAUAACAAACCUCAGACGUCUAGCAAACCAGGCGGUGAUACGCUACAAUUAUUAAGAGUGAGAGGCGGCAGCUGUGUGGGGAGCUAUCAACCCAUACGUUAUAUUGCCGAAUGGAACACUAAACGUUCUGUCGUGGGUUUUACCAAGAUCGAGACAAUAGUCGUGUUAUUCUCCCUCGGCACGUUCAUGGUGUACUUCAUGUAUCUGAGAGAGUCCAGCGAUAUCGACGAGUACAUAAGUCAGCCCAUCUGGAAGCGAGUACCAGGGAUUGAUCCAGAACGAGCCGAACAGAUGAUGUUGGUGGAUAAACACUUUGGUUUACAGGUCGACUUUAGUGAACUGGAGCAGUAUAAGAGAGAUUAUUACGCUCAAAAGCUGGCAGACCUCGAGCAGGAGAAGCAAGAGAUACAGAGGCACCAGGAGUUACGACACAGCAAGAAUCCUCAUGAGAGACCAGAGGCAGGGACCAAAUCCUCACCAGGCAAUGUUACUAAGAUACGCUCAGAAAAUUGAUGUAAUGACCGAUCAAUCUUCUCACCCAGAAAAUGACCCUAAUUAGAUUGUUUCACUAUCAUACUAACACCAGCAGCACUACACACUAGUACUGUUACACUCAAUAUACACUUCCUGCACUCUUAAGUACAGAAUCUUCAAUAUAAGCUGUUUUAAACCUGAAUUUCAUGAUAAGUUUGGGUAAAAAGCUCUUUAUAUCAUUACAGUGCAAACAUUUAAUAGACAAUAUGGUGAAUAUGGUGAUAAGGCCCAGUUAAAAAAUAUAAGCAUCUUAAACCUACCUCAAGAGUUGUUCCCUACAGAUUAAGUUGAUUUACAUGUAAUAGAACCUUAAACUACUCUAACUAACCUUAAUAAAGUUACAUUUUACUAAGUGCAGAAACUAUUUCACAUGAACACAUUAACUACUGUACAUUUAGCUAAGCAUAGACUACACAUUCUCAAUUAACUACAGUACACUUAAUAUCUACCUACAUUUUCCUAGUCAUACUUAAAUUAGUGCAAUGUAUAUACUGUACUCGAUACAUAUUUAGUAUACCUGUACUAUAAAUUAUAUCUUCAGUUACAGUACAUAUGUGGUUGUGGAACUUAUUGUAAACAUGAAUAAAUUAUAAAGAUUUA